CUGCAAGGACCCAGGGGAGCUCGGGUUGUCUCUGGGGCAAUUUGCAGGCUAAACUUGGCUGGCUGCUCGCCCUCGAAGCUGCAAAGGCAAAGUGGGUUCGUAUCUCCCAUCGACCUCUCAUAGGGCACAGCUUGUGUCCUUUUGUGACCCAUGGAAGCCAGUCCCUAUGCCGGGGAGGACAUGGGAAUGGGAGGUGCUUGCUCAUGUGUGGGUUAUAAAGGGCCCGGUGAGGUCCUGACCCGUGCUCAGCCGUUUCCUGUCUCACUCCAACACAGGAUCCCUCUCUGGAGGUGGUGGGGAUAAAGCAUCCUGUGUCGCCCCAUCCCUGCAGCGACAAGCAGCGUGUGCCAUCCCGGUGGAGACGGAGCUGGGAAAUAAAGGUCAACAAUGCAGUUCCUAGCCUGGUUCAGUUUGCUGCUUCUCCUUCCUUGUUGCAGUACCACCAAGACCUGCUUCCCCGGCUGCCACUGUGAAGUGGAAAGCUUUGGUCUCUUUGACAGCUUUAGCCUGACCAAGGUGGACUGCAGCGGGAUAGGCUCACACAUUGUUCCCGUCCCAAUCCCUCUGGAUACCUCCUACUUGGAUCUAUCAUCAAACAAACUGGAAACAAUCAAUGAAUCGAAGCUCACCGGCCCUGGAUACACCACCUUGGUGAGCCUUGACCUGAGCUACAAUAAGAUUGCCAAGAUUUCCUCCACAACCUUCUCCAGGCUUCGAUACCUGGAGUCCUUGGACCUGAGUCAUAACUCUUUGGAAGUCCUUCCGGAGGACUGUUUCUCCAGUUCUCCUUUGGGCGACAUAGAUUUGAGCAAUAACAAGCUCUCGGAUGUAGCGAUGGACAUUUUUGCUUCAAAAGGCCAAGGAAAACCCUUGAAUGUGGAUCUAUCCAAUAAUAUGCUCAGCACAAUUACGAGACACCGUGAAAAGAGCAUCCCAAAUAUCCAGAACUUGAAUCUUUCUGGGAACAGGCUGACGUCUGUGCCAAACCUUCAAGGCAUCCCUCUCCGGUACUUAAAUCUUGAUGGGAACCCCAUAGUCAAAGUUGAGAAAGGAGACUUCAUGGGGCUGAAAGAUCUGAUCCAUUUAUCCCUCAGUGGCCUGCAUGGCUUGGAAGAGUUCUCUCCUUAUAGCUUCAAGGAACUACCAGCCCUCCAAGUACUGGAUUUAUCCAACAAUCCCAACCUGAAGUCACUGACUGCUGAAGUGAUCUUUGGGCUGAACUCCCUACAAGAGCUCAACCUCUCCGGCACAGGCGUGUCGUCCUUGCCAAAGACUGUGCUGAAAUACCUGCCUUCCAUCAAAAGCAUCACCUUGGGGAAGAACAUACAGUGUCUUAAGACCAUCAAAGAAGGACAGUACCACCGACAAAUCGGGCUGACCAAAAAAGAGGUCCUCAGUUGCCACGAUAGCCACGGAUCCGUAGCAGCAGCACCUUACGUUUUGUGAUGAAAGCUGGGGAGAAGGUGGGGAAGGGAGGGUGGGGGGCCAUGGGGUUUGUACAGGAUCGGACUGAGAGGGUUUGCAGUGUGCCUUUUGUAAGACUGCCAAUAAUUUAUAUAUUUGUAUAAGCCAAUAUUUGAUUGUUUGUGGAUUUUAUAAACUCUCAAACCCUGGCUCACGUCAUCUGCAAUGCUCCAGUUUUUACCCUUGAGGUCCUGCACACAGCCCCUUGGCUCAAGAGUGGUGAUGCUGGAUAAUGGGGACCGAGCUGUUCUGCAGGUCCCAGGGCAGAACAAUAGGUCUGGAGCAACCUUUUGUGUCCCAAAACAAGGUCAUUUGUGUCCACACCAAAACAUACUGACUCUAUAGCUGCUUGCUUACAAACCCAUGCACCAUCCUUUUGUAUUAACUAUUACUCCCCAAGAAGUGCCUUCUGGAUGUCGCCUUCAUUAGCAGCACCCUGGUCCCUGUCAUGCACUUUCAGUCUUGAAGAAACCUUUCCAGACAAACCUGAACACAGGGUGCUCCUAAUGGGCUGGUUUUUACAUGUUAUUUGCAUGUGCGUGCAAUGACCAUUAAGACAAGAA